CACGUGAGUUUUUUUUGAUCUGAUAAGUUUUUGCAGUUUUUGAUUUUUUGCAGUUUUUGCGGUUUUGCAUUUGUCAAAAUUAAAUCUCUUUAUCGAAAGGAAUGCCAUUUGAAUAAGCAAUUUAUUCUCUGGAUUUAAGAUGACUGGGCCCUUUAAAGGUACUCUUCAUGGUUAUGCACCAAGACUAACUGCUUUUGAAUUUGAUGACGGAGCUCAAUUGGCUGAAAAUGUUCUCGUAUUCAUUGGGGGAUUAACUGAUGGUCUUCUUACUGUUCCAUACGUGCCCAAUUUGGCUGCUAGUUUGAGCAAAGAAACCAAUUCCAAAUGGGUAGUUGUUCAGGCAUUGAUAACUUCGUCAUACGAUGGAUGGGGAACUGGAUCGCUUGCUCGUGAUGUUGAAGAAUUGAGCUUAUUAGUGAAGUAUUUAAGAUCCAAUAAGGGUGGCCAACGGAAAAAAAUUGUCUUGAUGGGCCAUCUGACUGGUUGUCAGGAUACUAUAACUUAUUUGAGUAAGCUUUUGGUUAGCAAUGACGAUCAAUCCAUUCAAUUGGAUGGAGCUAUUCUUCAGGCUCCGGUUUCUGACUCCGAAGCUUUCGGUAGCGAAGUUGAGCCCGAAAAAUUGAACCAGUUAUUGGCUGAGUUGAAAGACUUGUUAGAUAAGGGCCAAGGUGAUACUCUUUUACCUGAUGAGUGGCGUAAGCUUAUGUUGAACACUCCAAUCAAUGCUUAUAGAUUUCACUCAUUGGUAUCAAAAAGAGGAGACGACGACUACUUUUCAUCUUACUUGGAUAAAUCUGACUUUGAAAAAAGUUUUAGUGUAGUUAAGACUCCUAUUUUAGUAUUAUAUGGUGAAAAGGAUGAAUCUGUUCCAAGUUUUGUUGAUCGUGAAAAAUUAGUUGAUUCUUGGAGACAAAGCACCGAUCCGAAAUACUGGAGUCCCUUGAGUAAAGUUUUGAAAGGUGCUACUCAUAACUGUGGUCCUGGCUCAGAUAAAGGUGCUGAGGAAGACUUAAUUCAAACAGUCUUGAAGUUUAUAAGCAAUAUUUGAUCGCUAUAAUUUCUCUCUUAGACUAUACUUGUUAUAUAUAUAAAUAUAUACACUUAC